UAUUGCUCCAGCUAUCGAGGGAAGCUACUAUGGAUAAGGAGGCUGAGUGUGGGGAGUAGCCGCCUGGAUGGUUUGCUUUUAAGUCUGUCGUCAUUGGUUCAGCUUAAAGCCAUCUACUCUCAUCACUUUCAUCUCUGUCUUAUCUUUCGCCCCCCCGUGUUUAUACUGCCUGUGAAUGAGAUAUUUCUCAAGAUUCGAGGACUCAACGUACUUAUGUCAAAUGAACUAUAUACGACCCUAAACUCAUAAUCCUUGCUAAGAGUCACUUCGGAAGCAUAUACACAAUGGCUUCAUCAUCCUCAUCCUCAUUCUCAUCACCAUCCCCCUCCCCCUCCCCCUCCCCUUCCCCUUCCGCCCCGGAGCUCACAUUCACAAAAUUCCCAGAACUCCCGCCCGAGAUCCGGCACCAGAUCUGGCGCGCCGCCCUCCCGAUCCCGGGCAUCAACUUCUUCAACGUGCACAGCUUCCCGAACGACCACCCCGGCGCCAACCGGAGCACCUCCCCGCCGUGGCUGUACCUGGACCUGCGCCGCCUGUCCAUCGAGGACGAUGACGAUGAGGUGAGCCGGUACGACCCCUCGGCCUGGCAGGCCCGCGAGGCCCUGCGCCGCGUGUGCCGCGAGGCGCGCUUCGUGUGCGCGCUCCCGGAGUCCGAGACCGCUACCAUCACGCUGACCCGGCCUCGGCGCGGGUUAUACGUAAGGGCGGGCGACAACCAACUGAGGUACCUGUCGGUGUACGCGUGGCCGGCCGGGGCUACGAGAGAGCCCGAGCCGCUGGCGAAACGCAAGAUCUCGGUCCGCGCCGACGACGUCCUCUGCCUGUCCGUCGAGAACUGCAGCUUUAACCUGCCGCUGGAGGAGGCCCUGAUUAUAGACGGCAUCGAAAAUACCGAGGACGAUAACGCCGCGCUGUUCGGCUGGGUAUUUGACCCGCAAAUGACGCCGCCGCUACCGGCCGCCAUCCCUCGGUCGAGAAUAUGCUUUAGUAUGGUUCGGGGUGACAGGAGGACGCUUAGGGCCGCUACCAACGCGCUGCGGAGCAUAUUCACGUACGGCCAAGGCUCGUCCGCCGAAUCGUCCGCAGAAGAGAUGGCCGAAUCGCUGUCUCUGCUCAUGCUGGACGCGUAUAAGCAGGAUAUAACCGACCGUCUCAUUAAGCAGCUGGCGCGGAGGGACAAGGUGUUUUGGGAUCGCUUCGGCGACCGGUAUAUCACCCGCUUGUGGAAUUCGAGCGUUUUAUCUGCCAAGUACCGGCUUGUCAAGGUGUGUCCCGAAAACAGCAAUAUUAGGAAGAGGUACUUGCAGUCUGCGGUGCUACCGUCGCCUAAGAGACCUUUUAGCUCCUCGGCCUGAGAAUAUCCAUACCCACAGACGAAUGUUGCCACGUCGUCUACCGUAGCCACGUAAAUAUAUCAAUCGGUAAUGAAGGCGUUA